CGUGACGGUGUCUGGUUUAAUAAAGCCAAAAUAAAACUCUGUUUCUCUCUCUGUUUCUCUCUCUCCAUCUCUCCCUCCCCUCCCCCUCUCUCUCUCUCUGUAGGGGGUGGUGAGGGUCAAGGCCGGAUUCUCCAGCGUUUCCCAGAGAAGGACUGGGAGGAUAACCCCUUCCCCCAAGGCAUUGAGCUGUUCUGUCAGCCCAAUGGGUGGCAGCUGGAUGCUGAGAGGCUGCCCCCCUCCUUCUUCGUGUCCGUGCUGACGGACAUCAACUCCGAGCGUCAUUACUGUGCCUGCUUCACCUUCUGGGAGGCCGUAGACAACCCACAGCUGCAGAAGGAGGACUCGAGUGAGGUGGAUGAAAGAUGAGGGCCCGAGCUCUUUCAUCCGGCUCAGCUCUACGCCCCCAAGAGCCUGGUGGUGGUGUCCCGCCUCGACCACACUGAGGUGUUCAGGAACUGUCUGGGCCUGAUCUACACGGUUCAUGUGGAUGGCCUUAAUGUUCCCAUGGAAACGGUCAUCGGAAACCUCCUCACAUGCACCAUUCCCAUUGCCGGGGGCUCUCAGAGGACCAUAACCUUGGGGGCGGGAGACAGGCAGGUCAUCCAAACGCCAAUCAAUGAUUCCCUGCCUGUGAGUGGCUGCAGCGUGUCCCAGCUCUUCAGACAGCUCGGCAUAGUGAAUGUGCUGUACCUGUUUUGCGCUGCUCUGACGGAGCACAAGAUCCUGUUCCUAUCAAGCAGCUACCAGCGGCUCACGGACGGCUGCAGAGCCCUGCUGGCCAUCAUGUUCCCCCUCAAAUACAGUUUUACAUAUGUGCCCAUUCUUCCUGGGAAGCUGCUGGAGGUUCUCAGCACUCCCACCCCCUUCAUCAUUGGCGUCAAUUCCUUCUUCCGCUCCGAGACGCAAGACUUGUUAGAUGUCAUCAUCGCCGAUCUGGACGGUGGGACAGUGACCAUUCCGGAGUGUGUGCACAUCUCCCUGCUGCCCGAGCCGCUGCUGCAGCACACACAGACGGUCCUCUCCAUGGUCCUGGACCCUGAGCUGGAGGUGGCAGACCAAGCCUUUCCCCCAUCCUCCUUACAACCCUCAACACAGAAGAUCCAGGAUAAGGAGAUCCGUGGCGUGUUUCUCUGGCUCUUUGCACAGCUGUUUCAGGGGUACCGCUGGUGUCUACACAUCAUCCGCAUCCACCCUGAACCAGUCAUACGCUUUCACAAGGCUGCAUUCCUGGGCCAGCGAUCUCAGGCGGAGGACGACUUCCUGACUAAGGUUCUGGACGGGAUGGCUUUUGCCCGCUUCGUGUCAGAGAGGGGUCCGCCUUACCGCCCCACCGACCUGUUCGACGAUCUGGUAGCCAAUCAGGUGGAGCGGGAUUCGUCAGGAGGAUGGCAUUGCCACGUAAAGUGCUUGCACCACAUCAAGGAGCUUGCUGAACCGCUUUUUAAAAAUGAGAACCCGUACCCCGCUGUGGCCAUGCACAAGGUCCAGCGGCCGGGCGAUGUGCCCCAGACACGCCCCUCUGCCACCCCCACCUCCGCCUGCUUCCCCCACCUGGACGAGACGACGGUGCAGCUGUUCAUCGACCACGCCAACGCCAAGCUUAAUGGCGCCCCGCCCGUCGUCAGGCCCGAGAUGAAGAACCUGGUGCCCUCUGGGCCAACGCUAGUGGAAUUUGUGGACCGUGUUGGGACUGCACUGGCCAAUAGUGCGCGGCGGUUAGAGGUGGUACGGAACUGCAUCAACUACAUCUUCGACAACAAGAUGUUGGAAGCCAAGAAGCUGAUGCCAGCGGUGUUGCGAGCGCUGAAGGGCCGUGCAGCGCGUGUGUGUCUCACGCAGGAGCUCAACCAACACGUCCUGCAGAACCGAGCUGUGCUGGACGACCAGCAGUUUGAUUACGUCGUCCGCAUGAUGAACUGCACCCUGCAGGACUGCUCCCACAUGGACGAGCACGGCAUUGCAGCUGCCCUUCUACCCCUGGUCACUGCCUUCUGUCGAAAACUGGGGGGAGGCAUCACUCAGUUUGCCUACAGCUGUGUGCAGGAGCACAUGGUGUGGACCAACAUGCAGUUCUGGGAGGCCAUGUUCUACAGCGACGUGCAGAAACACAUUAGAUCUCUCUACCUGGAGACAGAGGAGGGAGACUCAACCAGCGCGGACCAGGAGGCGGUGUCGUUGUCGCUGACGUCGGAGCUGAGCGCUCUGGAGCUGGCGUCGGAGCAGAGCCGCCUGUGGCCCACGCUGACCAAGGAGCUCCAGCAGGAGCGCGUGCAGAAGGAGGAGAGCACGGUCUUCAGCCAGGCCAUCCACUACGCCAACCGCAUGAGCUACCUGCUGCUGCCGCUCGACACCAGCAAGAACCGCCUGCUGCGCAACACCGGCCUGGGGGACAUCGAGAGCGUCAGCAACAGCUACCUCACCAACAGCAUCACAGGCAGCAUGGCUGAGAGCUAUGACACGGAGAGUGGCUUCGAGGACGCAGAGACGUCAGACGUGGCCAACUCCGUGGUGCGCUUCAUCAACCGCUUCGUGGACAAAGUGUGUAACGAGAGCGGAGUCACCAACGAUCACCUGAAGGCACUACACACCAUGAUCCCAGACAUCGUCCAGAUGCACAUCGAGACACUGGACGCUGUGCACCGGGAGAGUAAGCGGCUGCCGCCCAUCCAAAAGCCUAAGUUGCUGCGGCCCAUCCUGCUGCCCGGUGAGGAGCUGGUGAUGGACGGCAUGCGUGUGCACCUGGUGUCUGACGGCCGAGAGGAGGCCACGGGGCUGAUGGGAGGCCCGCCGCUGCUGCCCGCAGAGGGCGCCAUCUUCCUCACCAACUACCGCCUCAUCUUCAAGGGCACGCCCAACGACCCGCUGGUGGGGGAGCAGGUGGUGACGCGGUCGUUCCCUGUAGCGUCUCUGACGAAAGAGAAGCGCAUCCAGGUCACCCUCCCCAUGGAACAGUUCCUCCAGGACGGCCUGCAGCUCCGCUCCUGCACCUUCCAGCUAAUGAAGGUGGCAUUUGAUGAGGAGGUGGCGUCGGACCUGGCGGAGGUCUUCCGGAAGCAUCUGCAUAAGCUGCGCUACCCCCAGCAUGUGCAGGGCACCUUCGCCUUCACCGUGGGCCAGUCAGCCAAGCUGGUGGUGGAGCACAAGACCAAGGACAAGAACCAGUCCCUCAAAACCCUCUCUAAAAACCUGGUGAAGACUGCAAAGCGUACGAUUGGCCGACAGUACGUGACGCGGAAGAAGUACACACCGCCCACUUGGGAGAACCGCAGCAGCCUGCCAUCAGAGCUGGACGAGGACGAGAUCUCAGUGUGUGAAGAGCCGGACCAGAGCUCCCUGACGCUCUCCUCCACCAUCCGCUCUUCGGACCGCCAGACCAUGAGCAAUGUGGUGGAGCGCGCCUGUUGCCGUGACUACCAGCGGCUGGGACUGGGCACGCUCAGUAACAGCCUGACGCGCUCCAAGAACGAGCCCUUCCGCAUCUCCACCGUCAACCGCAUGUACACCGUCUGCAGGAGUUACCCGGGGCUGCUGAUCGUGCCCCAGAGUGUUCCAGACUCCACCAUCCAGCGGAUCUCGCGCUGCUACCGGCAGAACCGGUUCCCCGUGGUGUGCUGGCGGAACUCGCGCACCAAAGCAGUUCUGCUGCGCUCGGCCGGCCACAACGCCAAAGGGGUGGUGGGCUUCUUCAAGUCCCCCAACGCCCCAACCGCAGGUCCUUCUCAGGCUGACUCUACGAGUCUGGAGCAGGAGAAGUACCUGCAGGCCAUUGUCAGCUCCAUGCCCUCCUACAGCGAGGCCACCGGCAGAAACACACUCAGCGGAUUCACCUCCACACACAUGAGCUCUUCAGACUCAAGUGAUAAGUUGCGGCAACCCAAGAUUGGUGCUCUGAUGAAACAGGUGAUGGGGGGCAGAGAGGACAUGCCUGGAACGUUUAGCAGAGGAGCUCUGGGUCAGAAGGCGAGGGUGGUGUCUCUCACCCCGCCACGAGUCUCGGCCAACCGCACGCCCCGAGGUAAGUGGGGCAGUAUCAGAGGCAGCGGACGCCUCAGUGCCUACAACCCUGACGUGGGGAACCGUCUGGCGAAAGACUCUCCCCAGCCCAACGGAGGCCCCGCAGACACCUUCUUCAGACAGCAGAGGGCCUACCUCUACAUCAUCGGAGACAAGGCCCAGCUUAAGGGCGGGAAGCAGGACUCGUUCCAGCAGUGGGAGCUGGUGCCCAUCGAGGUGUGUGACGUGCGGCAGGUGAAGAACAGCUUCAAGAAGCUGAUGAAGGCCUGCGUGCCCUCGUCCUCCACCAGCGACCCCAGCAUGUCCUUCCACCGCUGCCUGGAGGAGUCCGAGUGGAUGUGCCUGUUACACAGAGUGCUGCAGGUGUCAGUGUUGGUGGUGGAGCUGCUGGACUCGGGCUCUUCUGUGAUGGUCAGCCUAGAGGACGGAUGGGACGUCACCACUCAGGUGGUGUCUCUGGUGCAGCUGUUGUCUGACCCCUACUACCGGACGUUCGACGGCUUCCGGCUGCUGGUGGAGAAGGAGUGGCUGUCGUUCGGCCAUCGCUUCAGUCACCGCGGCGGCCAAACACUGGCCAGCCAGAGCAGCGGCUUCACCCCUGUCUUCCUGCAGUUCCUUGACUGCGUGCACCAGAUCCACCUUCAGUUCCCCAUGGAGUUUGAGUUCAGUCAGUAUUACCUGAAGUUCCUGGCUUACCACCAUGUGUCCAACCGCUUCCGGACCUUUCUACUCGACUCCGACUACGAACGCAUUGAGCUGGGAGUGUUGUAUGAGGAGAAGGGCGAGCGUAAGAACCCACAGGUGUGUAAGACGGUGUGGGACUACAUCGAGCGGCUCAACAAGAAGACGCCCAUCCUCUAUAACUACAUGUUCGCCCCGGAGGACGAGGAGGUGCUGAAGCCCUACAGCUUCAUCUCCAACCUGAAGGUGUGGGACUUCUACACGGAGGAGACGCUGGCCGAGGGCCCGUCCUUCGACUGGGAGCUGGCCCGUGGGCGGCAGGAGCGCGUCGCCGAGGACACCGCUGCCGAGCGACCCGAGACCCAGCCCAAGUCGCAGCGGCGCGUUGUGUGGCCGUGCUAUGACAACUGCAGCAGGGUCACGCCCGACGCCAUCACCAAGCUGCUGCUGGAGGUGCAUGCGCUGGAGCUGGAGCUGGGGCAGCUGUCUGACAAGUGGAAGGACACCUGGGACAAGAUCAAGACCACCCAGAGAACUGAGACCAAACUGGAGAGCAGGCACUCGUUCUCCAGCUCGCUGCUGAUGUCGUCCAACCUGAGCCACCAGCGGCGCUCGCAGGGCGUGUACCUGCAGGAGAGCGGCGUGGGCUCCUCCAUCAACCUGUCCAUGGACUGCGAGGCCUCGGCCGGGUCCACGCCGGCAGCGGGCCGCACCAGCACCAGCACCCUCUACUCGCAGUUCCAGAGCACGGAGAGCGAGAACAGGAGCUAUGAAGGUAUCCUUUACAAGAAGGGGGCGCUGCUCAAGCCAUGGAAGCCCCGCUGGUUCGUCCUGGACAAGACCAAACACCAGUUGCGUUACUAUGAGUCUCGUAAGGAUAAGGAGUGCAAGGGGAUGAUUGAGCUGGCGGAGGUGGAGGCUGUCAUUCCCAGCAUGCACACCAUGGGGGCGCCCAAGCAAAUUGAGGAGAAAUCCUUCUUCGACCUAAAGACGACCAAACGUGUGUAUAACUUCUGUGCCGAGGACAGCCAGAAUGCUGUGUUGUGGAUGGACAGUAUUCAGAGCUGCCUCUCGGACGCGUAGGAGGGGACGGGCCUCAGCGCCAAAUGAUCGACCAAUCACACCUUUCAGCCACAUCGCACGAGCCCGUCCUCCGGGGGGGUCUCUUGACGGACAGCUCUGUGGGGCCAAUCACUUGAGUCCCCGCCCCCGGCGGAUGGGUGGAGACUGAUGUGGCGUUGGGCGGGCCUUCAGCGUGAGGCGCUCUCUGUUUGGUGUUUCCUGUCGAACUUUGAUGAUGUCACAUCACCAUGUCUCUGUGUUGAUUUUUUUUUUAAUGAAAGAAAGAAAAAAAAGAGAAAAAAAAAAAAAGAGAAAAGAAAAGCCCCCUGAAUUCUUGGCUGGCCUUAAUCUACCCCUCCUGUUAAACACACGCUCACACACUCACACACACACACAUGUACACAGGUGAGUGUGAGUGUGUGUGUGUUUGUGUGUAUGUAUAUGUAUAUGCAUCAGUCUCACUAACCACUAGCCCAACUGACCCUACUUUGCAGAGGAUUUUAAGGCAUGAUGUCACUCUAAAUCCAGUUUACUGAAGCAGGGGCACCAGUGUGGACCAGCAUGCACCACUACCACACCCCCCCCCCCCCCCCCCCCCCCCUCCACUGCCCCAAAAACAUGGGACAGAGACAGAGACUUGCCCCGUGGCCACGGUGAUACCCAUAUUACCCCAUGCCCCCCUCCUGUCCUGAUCUCACAGCUCUGCACUGCCAGCGGAGCAACGGUUAAACACACACACACACACCCCCACACACACACUGCCGAACCCUCCCUUUAUUCUGUGGCGUCGCGGCUAUGCUCCUUUUGCUUUGGCUUUGCACAAGUCCAGCGGGUCAUGAAGGACUUUUACUCUGAAAUGUGUUUUCUUCCCCCCCCUCCUCUCUCUCCCUCUCGUGUGUGAAAGGAGGAAGGUCGGAGUGGACGCUGGACGCUCGUCAGCACCCUCUGCUGAGCAAAGCUUGUAUUAUUCUUCCCACCUCGGGACCAUCUCUUGGCUUUCCCCGCUCACUCUCGUGCCAGUUGGAGAUUACCUGUGCUCAGAUUGUUCGCUCGUUUACAGUGAAGUCACUCCAGUUUCUCCUCAGCAAGCAGAUAUAUACGCAGAAAACCACUUUAUUACACAACUGAAGGGACGAUGCAAGGAAAAGGGAGGGAUAUAUUUUGAUAGUAAAUUUAUGUAUAGAAUGAAUCGUUAAAUAAUACCUUUUAAGAUGGGGUGUUGGCAGCGCCUAAAGUAAAGGGGUAGGGCAGUGUUGGUGUCUUUUACAUCCCAUAAUGAUGCAAGGCUGUAGUUGGCUGUUGCGACCAUUCUCCGUAGAAAGGAUAGAGUUCAAAAGGUCAGAAGCGGACUGACCAAUAGUUGUUUUAAAAGCUGUUUCGUGCGAACCCAGCUGUCGUCAUGGCAACGCAUACACAUCUUGUUACACAUUUCUGAAGCCGGCAUAGAAACAGCAGCAGUGGAACCAGCGGUGCAGGGCAGUGGAGGUGUCUGCUCUUAGGGCUCAUGGACUUGAUAGGGGGGCAUGAAGACAAACACACAAACACACACAAAUCACUGUGUGUAGACUCACUGUAUGUAGAAUGCGUGUGUGUGUGUGUUUGCAUUUGUUCUGUCUCAAUGUCGCCCUGGUUGUUACACAGCGAAUGGGUCGUCACUGGUUCAGUUCUGCCCUGUGAGUGUGUGUGUGUGUGUGAGUGAGAGAGAGAGAGAGAGAGAGAGAGAAGACUUCAUCCGCUGUAUUCAGCAUGUCUUCCAGAAACAGUGUUUUAGCCUGUUAGCCUCAGCCUGCAGGCCAGCACAGAAGGAGUGUGUGCGUUCCGCUGCAGUGUUUUCCCCUCAGCCAGGAGAUGUAGCCAUUAGCGAUUUUUAGCCAAGCCAUUAGUUUGUUGGUCUGUCUGUUUUCCCCCCCGCUGGGCUAUCUCAAUAUGCCGAAAAAGUAUCACCUGUUUAUCGUACCUAUCAACUUUCCUCCACUCCAUUUAACGGUGCAACCACAAGAACCCAGCUAGUUCCACUCAUCUCUUGACACACGUGCAUAUACACACACAUGCAGUUGACAUUACAGUGUAAAAUAAGGUUGUACUGCUGUUUCAUUGAACUUUUUUUGUUUUUCGAAUUGUAGAUUUUUGUUCUAAUAACGGCUUUGUAUAUACUACUCAGAGUUGUAUGUAACAUUUAUGGUAGUAAUUUAUUUAACUUUUUUUUGUCUUCUUAAGAAACAAAAGUUCUUUUCAAGCACCUCUGUUUUUGAGUUAGAUAAAUCAAAUAUGUGCCAUUUGUUUAUCUCUGUAUUAACGUGACUAAUGCUUUUGUUUUUUGAAGACUUUAAAUACUGCUAAUGGGUAAAAAAAAACACAAAAAAAAACCUAAUUGUGUCGUUUUAAAGAAGUUGGUUUAAAAUGGUGGUCCUAAUUCUCCCUUGUGUGCCCAUGAAGAGAGGAGUGUGUGGAAGAGGCAAUGCAUCAGACUGAGUUUUGUUGCUACCAUGGUGAUUUUUUUUGUUUUGUUUUUCCAACAGUUACGGUUUGGUUUAUGAGUUUGGGGGCUUUACUCUCUCGCACUCUUAACACAGACGACACACAUUUCACAGGCCUACCCUGAUUUCUUCACAGUUUUUUGAUGCACAAUCUCCUCAACUUUCCUGCAGAACAAAAAAGCAAUUAGAACAUUUUUUUUGUUUGGUUCUCGUUCCCUCCUUCUUUUUUUUUAAAGAAAUAGAAAUUUUCUUCUGAGCCGGGUUCUUUUUUGUCAAUCAUGUAAAAUAUUUUUUAGGAUUAAAAAUGAAAACACGGUGAGUUUCAUUGUCACUGGGCCUUGUUUUUGUUUCGUUUUUUAAUUUUUAAUUGUAUGUCUCUUCUCUGCUUCCAAGGCGUCUUGUGUGAGUCAUACUAGUUCGGUUUCCUGUUUGUUUUGUAAAGUGUUCUUUCUUUCUUCAUUUCGUUUUUUUGGAAUCCAAACAGAAGACCCUCAGGUCCGCUCCCCCUCCUCCUGCUCCUUUGUCUAUCCUGAGGGAAUGUCCACCCGUGCUGUACAGUCCUCAGUCCUUUAAUAAACGCUGAUGGUAGGCCAUUAAACAGCUGCACAGAAGUUCCCAUCUGAUGAUUUACAUCCCCCAUUUGUCCUCAGUCCAACACGGGUCUCAAUGUCUGAUCCUCAUAGGGACCAGUAUAAGGGAUAUGUAAGGUUGGGCUAAGGUAAGGGUGGGUUCAGUCCGUCUCCUACCUGAUGAUUUACCCCUAUCCCUCUCUGCCGUGCAUUAGAAUUAAGGAGACGUGUUUGAAGUAACGUGGUGCAACUAGACCAGUGGUUUUCCUAAACAUGCUUUCCAUCUGCCCUGCUGUGUGUCCCCGAUGAUCUCAUCCCCUGAUUAGCCAAACACCUUUAAUAAAGAGCAUGUAAAUUACA